GGGCGGCAGGAAGGCACAGUCUGUUCUUUGAAGACAAUCAAAAUGAGUCAGCCUGUCAAAAAGCCCCUCCCUCCCGGUGGUGGUAGACGUCGUCCGUUGCGUCGCCAUGUGGUGGGCGAAACCGGCGCACAUGAUGAUGCCCCGGAAGCUGGCAAUACACCAGCACCAAGGGAGGGGGCAGCAGCCGGGGCAGCAUCUCUGCCACACCUGCCACCCGUCCCACCCCACCCACGACGUGGUCACCUCACACGGGAGGAGGAAGAAGACCUCGUCCUGGCUGACCCAGGCUUCCUUGGCAUGAUGAAGGAGGAAGCUAGAUUUGUGGCGAGGGCGACCAGGAGACGUGCUGAAGGCCGUCUAACCCCCAUCCCAUCUAUGGGCAGGGGGGAGUUUAGGGGUGCGAGGAGGGCUGCAGAGGCAGCAGUCGGAGCCCCGGGGACAUCUACUGGUGGGGAUGAAGAGGCCAUGGGGGAGAACAACUUGGGAACCCAGCCAGAGACGGAAUGGGAGAUGAUGUCUGACGCAUCUCCCAGUCCCUAUCUGACUCCGGUGGGGUCCCCUAAGUCGCCGGCUCCACUGUCACCUCCAUCUUCCAUGCAAAUGUCCCCGGGACCCAACUCCGACACUGAUGAGGAGGUCAUGGCCCAAUUCCUCCCCCUCCACCACUACGAAGGUGAUGAAAACGAGGAUUAAUUUUGUUUUUUUGGUGGUUUUUUUUUGUCAAAGUCAUUUGAAAUUUCCAUUUUUCUUUUCUGUUGUGUUCAUAUGU